AUGUUGGAUGAUGAUCUACGCUGGAAUGGCAGUUUUGGGGAUGAUGGUAACCCUCUUGGCGUGGAUGGCACACAGGUUGGAGAUGAUGUCUUUUCCGAUACUCAAACGAUAGCUGAAGCUGCUUCUGGCCAGGGCAUCCCGAAAACGUCAACUCCAGCCAAGAAAAAUGCUGCAGGAACAGAUUCGCCGCGAAUGGAGGGAACUCCGAAUCCCGAAAGGAGAGCAGAUGUGAUUGAUAGUGCAGCGAGGGGUGUAGAGGCAGGUAGAGCCGAGGGUGGGGCUAAGGAUGAGGUCCACCACCAAGUGUACCAAUUCCCGGAACCAGUCGCAGAGAUCUCGGUCAUUGGUGUCAGAGGUUCUAGCACUAGCAGUCCUUUAGAUUCGAGUGCUGGCGACCUCCGGAAUCCCUUCUUCAUCCCACGUUCUGAAGCAAUCCCAAUUCCCACAGGUGAAGCUAGUUUGGGCCAAUUAGAACUCAGCAGUGUUCUGGAUUCACUAUCCCGCACCGCUGAAGGCCAUGAAAAGCUGAGGAGAGGGUAUCAUAGUCAUUGCGUCCGGAACAACAUCCGCCACACUAGGUCUGUUGAGGAUAUGAGGUCACUUAGCGACUCCUUUAGCUCCCAGCAAGAUCAUAUAGAAGCCUUAGAGACCAGUGUGGCCGCCUUACAGGAAGAAAUGCGACAAAUGAAAGCAAAGUUCCACCACAACCAACAGAAAACGUCAACCCAUCUUAUUCCGUACGACUCUCUGAAGGAUGAACAGGCAUCGCAGAUACUACUUCCAACAGACGAUAACCUACGAGCCGAACUCUUUCUGCUUGGAUUUGGUAGUGGGCACGGCACGCAUCUUUCGUUAAAGGUAACCGGAGACCUUCCAACACGGUGCCACUUUGAAGCUCGUGUUGUUAAUAGUUCCGAUGAUGAGGAAACGCGGAAGAAAUCCACUGAUUCCGAAGUACCCAGUGGUGUACACAUUGUGGAAUUUCCGAAGCUAAUAGAAAUAGAUGUGGUAGAAAACGAGGCCCUUGGGUACAAGAGGAAUGGCAUGCUCACAAUUACUCUCAUUGUAUCGUGGGAUGAGGUAAUCACUCCUUAGAUUGAUUCAGUCGUAUGGAACAUUACUAUUUUCAAAACAGAAUUAUUUCGUUUUCACAUUAGGAAAAAUGAAUUGCUUCAUGUUGUCCUCAAAGGUUCCAAACUAUUCUGGAACAAUGAACAUCCUUUUGGUUUGGGCAGGUAUAAUCUGGAAAAAGCAAAUAAUCUCAUAGCAAAUGUAAAUAUUUAAUUGGCAGUUCUAAACUCGCUCCAGAUUAAUGUAAAUCUUUCUUCUUUCAUCAAAAAAGGAGUAGAAGAAGAAGAAGAAGAAGAAGAAGAAGAGAAGAAGAAGAAGUUAAUAUUUGUACUGCCUCGUCAUGCACUCUUUAAAAUAUGUUAGAAAGGGAAACUAACAGAAAUUUGUAGAAAAUUACUUACAUGACCAAAAUUGACACUCUAUGGUCCAUAUUAGGAAGUUGACAGUUUUGCUUUGCAUACGAAUGUAGAUAGUCUCUUUGAAAAUGUAAAUUCUCACUAAUAAAGCAAAUGCCAAAUUCCUUCCUGCGCGCGUUAUUCCCACAGGGCAAAUCUAUUUUUCAGUAAAUAUUUAUUCUAUUAAGGAAAUUGAAAUUAAUCUACGGGAAUAUCUGAUACAAAAUUGUGAAUGAAUUAUUUAUUAUUGAAUGAUUUAUGUAGCAAAUACCCAUUUUAGAUUGAAAGACAACGAAUUACAAUAAUGAUUUUGAUCAUGGUUAAUCAUUGUGGUUGAUGUAAUGGUUUGCACUUUUUUUUUGUAUAUUGGCCCUUUGUUGUUAUGUCUUAUUGUAUGCAUUUCACCUCAAUAAGUCUGUUGGAAAAUUAAAUUUAUAUUUUUGGGGGAAAUAAGCUAGAAAUAGCUGUUUUCUUAACGAGUUUUUGACUUAUGCAUGUAUUUUGUAACAAAGUAUAAUCAUUUAAGUAAGGUAUAUGAACAAUAUAUUUGUAUGCUAAUUCAGGGACAUUUUAAAUGCAUUUUAUUAGAAUACCAACGAUUACAGAAAAACUGAGAAUUUUCGUCUUCCACUCAUCAGAGCUAAGAAUGGACGAAAAGCCAAAUCGGGCAAUGUAAAAAAGAAUAAAGAACAAACAAUCAAAGAGAAAGGGAAAAAGGCCGGGUUGCAAGACGACAAGUUUCAAUAUGUUUGCUUCGUUGGUUUCCUUCAAUUCGUUGUACUAAUCAUCUUUAUAUUAAGUACUGCUUGGUUUAUUUCCAGCCACACUAUUGACUAAAUCGGCGCUGACAAUGGUCUAGUACUUAUUUUAUAUUGGUAAUCUCGGCUCGCUCAACAAGUAUAGCUUUUCUGAGAUACCCUCUUAGUU